AAAUUAUAAAAAUAAAUUAAAAGUAAAUAAAUUUGUAUUUAAGAUAAAGACAAAAUGGUAACAAAACAAAUUAUACUAAUUUUAUUUUUAAGUAGAGUUCUCAGCUAAAUUUUACAGAAAUGCCAGGUUUAAAAUUAAUACUUCGAUAUAACGCUAUAGAGCUGCAGUAAUUGUUAAACGAAUUGUAAUUAGUGCUAUGGUUAAGAAACAUGCAAAAUAUGCUAGCCUUCAUACUUUUAUGAUAACAACAAUGGUAACUGCUUAUCUUAAUGCUAAUAAGGAGGUUAAUAGUAAGACUUUUUCUAGGUUUGCAUAGAGUGUUAAAUAGAAAACUGUCAUAUUUGCGAGUAUGAAGGUACAUAAUGUAAAUAAUGUCUAGAUGGAUGGAAUUUAUCUGAAAAUAAACUGAGCUGUUAGAAAUAAGAAUGUCUAAACAGCGAAUUUUUAUAUUAUAAUAGGGAAUCUAAUCAAUGUACUAUAAUAUGUCCAGAAUAGACAAAUAAUAAUGAUAGAUCUUGUACUGAUUUAAGAAAAUUUAGCCAGAUGAAAACAUUUGGAAGUAGAAAUAAAAUUAAAUAAGAUGAUAUUAAUGAAAUUUAUUACUACAAAAAGAUAGACGACUAAACUUAAAUUGUAAUAGCUUUAAGCGCCACAAGUGCUAUCUUUUAUUCAUAUCCAGGACUAAUUUCUCUCAAUUAAAUUAAUCUAUUAAGUAGCAGCUAUUCAUACAGUUUCUAAAAUAACAACAAUAUCUAUUUAUUAUCUACAGACAAUGUAUAAAAAUUAGAUAUAGAGUAAGUUAAAGUUUCUUUUGUUUACUAAGCACAAAAUUGUCAACUAUUUGCCUGUUCUAAUUCUUUUGCAUUAUGCUAUUUAGAUACUAAUCUAAAUGUAUUUGACCUAUCCAAUUAAAAUAUUAUAGUCUACAAAAUCAAGUAAGUAAUAAUAAUUAGCUUUCUUCCGUACUAGUUUUAAGUAUAGCCUCCACCAACUCCUGAUUUUCCAAUACCAAAUAUCCCUACUUUUGAUCCUUCAUAACCACCUGAUCCUUCUGAUCCUCCUUAACCACCACCUCUACCACAAUUUGAUUCAUUAGGAUGUAUCAUAACAUAAGGAAUUUAAUCUGUAUAAGUUACUAAGUAGACUUUAGGCUUGGUUUAGAAAGAUGUUUUGGGUGAAACUUUUUAAAGCUAAAACUAAAAUUAAAAUAUAAAUCCAACCAAUUAGGUUUUUGAUUUAAAAAAUAUUAAUAAAACAGUAAUUAUAGACCCUUACGGCGACAUUUGGUUUAUAGAUUGGAAUAAUAUAACUUACAUUUACAAAGCUUUUUAAUCUGAUUAAAGUUUAUAAAUUUUAAAUUGCAUAGAAUAUGAUCAAAAAGCAAGAUUAAUUUUAAUAAAAGCAGAUAAUUUCAAUGGUAUUUAUUAGUCUGCAAUUAUUUGUGCUAAUCUUACUUUCAAUUAAACUUAAAAUAGCUACAUCUUUUAAUAUGUAAAUUAAAUUAUUAAAUGA